ACCGCGCCGAGUGUAGUGCGUCGUCGGGCUCCGUGUAGCCAGUGUUUAUAAACUAUAAAUUCAGUGCGAUUCGGAGUGGAUUGGAAAUUGGAUUUUUAGUGUUGUGAUUGGACUUUUUCAAGAAGCGAGAAGAUAUCUUCAGAUAGAGUCAUUGCAAUAGGACAUGCCCUGAGCUGAUAAUGCAAGAUGUGCUGGGGCCCCAGCAAGUGGCUAGCUAUAGCGGUUCUGGCGCUGGUUCUGCCAUCGCCCACAUCGGCUCUAGACACCUCUCAAUGCACGUUACCUCUGGGUAUGGAGUCGGGAGCAAUCCCAGAUGACGACAUCAGCGCUAGUUCAUCCUUUGACAGUGGCAAUGUCGGCCCUCAGUUCGGCAGACUCCGGACUGAGAGCCACGGGGGUGCGUGGUGUCCGAAGUACCAGAUCACCACGGAGCCCAAGGAGUGGCUGGAGAUCGACCUCCAUGGGGUCCACGUCAUCACAGCCGUGGAGACACAGGGGCGGUUUGGGAACGGUCAGGGACAGGAGUUCGCGGAGGCUUACCUCCUGGAGUACUGGCGGCCUCGGCUGGGCAAGUGGGUCCGCUUCCGGAACGUCAAGGGAGAAGAGGUGUUGCAAGGCAACACGAACACUUAUCUGGAGGCCAAGAGGGACCUGGACCCCCCAGUAUGGGCCAGCCGGGUGAGAUUCGUCCCUUACAGUUACCACCGCCGCACCGUAUGUAUGAGGGUGGAAAUCUACGGCUGCUACUGGAAAGAUGGCAUAGUGAGCUACUCCAUGCCCCAAGGGGACAAGCGAGGGGCCGGAUGGGAGUUCUUCGACGCCACCUACGAUGGCCACUGGGACGGUCAGCUGCAGCGGGGUCUGGGACAGCUGACUGAUGGCAAAGUGGGACCCGAGAACUUCAAAAUGGGAUACUACGAUUAUGAGAGAGGGCAAGGCUGGGUCGGGUGGAGGAACGACACGAGGGCCGGGCAGCCUGUCGAGAUCAAAUUUGAGUUCGACCAAGUGCGAGAGUUCACCGCUGUUCAUAUCUUCUGUAACAAUCAGUUCACCCGAGAGGUUCAGGUUUUCUCCGAGGCCAAGAUCAUGUUCAGUGUGGGAGGCAAGAUCUACCCAGGAGAGCCUAUCACAUACAGUUACAUGGAGGAUCGCAUCUUCGAGCAUUCCCGCAACAUCACAAUCAAGCUGCACCAUCGCAUCGGACGAUUCGUCACUCUUCAGCUUCACUUUGCCGCUAGGUGGAUCAUGAUCAGCGAAGUCAACUUCGAGUCUGAUAUUGCUCACGGUAACUUCACUCCUGAAGAACGCUCAGCAAGCGAAGGUCCAGUAUUGAGUGAUGUCUUCGUUGACAAGACAAACCGACCCCCGUUAGCUGAUCUACCAGUGUCAACAGCCAAGCAGGAAGACGAGACCUACAUGGCAGUGCUGAUAGGGGCGCUGAUGGCAGUCAUCAUUCUGCUAGCAGUCGCCAUCUUCCUUAUCGUCUCUCGCCACAGACAGUCCAAGAACUUCGCGUCUCCUCUGGCAGCCAAGGCUCCCUCAGGUCAGCACCAACACCUCUCUAGCGAUAGCAGCUGUGGCACAGCUGAGAAGUGCGGCGCUCCCUACUGCGCUCAGGGUGUCCUUGGGCCGGACACCGCGCUCCUGAUGGACGCCAAGCUGGAGGACUACCAGGAGCCAUACCAGGCGCUCAAGUACGCCCCCUACUACAGCUACAGCACGGUUGUCAUGGAUACGGUCACUAAACAACCCCCGCUGGUAACACAUCCUGAGACAGGCCACGAGUACGCUGUCCCAGAGAUAGGUACAACUCCUCUACUGACCGCCUCCCCUCAGUCUAGAGGCACCUCCACCUCCAAGUCUAGCAAGGUACAAUCACCUAGCCAGCAGGAGGUUUUGACAGCGCUCAAGAGAAGGCUAGAGAACACUUCUGUGCCGGAGUUCCCUAGACAUCGACUGAGGAUGCUCUCUAAACUCGGUGAAGGGGCGUUUGGCACGGUAUACGUGGCAGAAGCGGACGGUAUUCUAGAGUAUGGUACAACAACAUCUCUGUCUAAACGUCUGGUGGCAGUAAAGUUCCUCCUGCAUAAUGCAAGUGAGAAGGAAAAGCAAGACUUCCAGAGGGACGUCCGUAUCCUGGCAGCCCUGGAGGACCACAACAUUGCCAGAGUUCUGGGAGUGUGUAGUCAGGACGAGCCUCUGUGUGUGGUGAUGGAAUACUUGGAACAUGGAGACCUCUGUCAGUUCCUCAGGAGCCAUGGACCAGCUGAUGCAGCUACCACGUUGCCCAUGGGAGUCAAGACACUGAGGGGUCUUGGGUUGCGCAAGUACAUAUUCGUGAAAAACAUCUACAAUUGUCUGCUGUACAUGUCAGCGCAGAUAGCUUCUGGGAUGCGGUAUUUAGAGUCUCUCAACUUUGUACACCGUGAUCUCUCUACAAGGAACUGCUUGGUUGGUAAGGCUUACCACAUAAAGAUCUCAGACUUUGGAACUGACAACGACAUUUACGCAGAGGACUACUACAAGGUGGACGGUGGAAUGGCAUUGCCUGUCAGGUGGAUGGCUUGGGAGUCUAUAUACCUGGGCAAAUAUACAACGAAAAGUGACGUGUGGUCUUUCGGCGUGACUCUAUGGGAGAUCCUUCACCUUGCCAGGCGGCGUCCCUACGACUCCCUCGCUGACGCGGAGGUCGUCGAGAACCUCGGUCAGCUGUUCCGGGACGAGGGCGACUUCCUCUACCUGCCCAGGCCGGCCAUCCCCCCGGCGACCAAGGACAUCGUCGACCUCAUGGGAGAGUGUUGGAGGCGCAAUGAGGUCGAGCGACCGUCCUUCCGCGAGAUCCAUCUGUUCCUGCAACGAAAAACACUGGGCUACGCCCCCGUAUAAGACUUUGGGGGGGUUUCCACAACGACCAAUGUACAUAAGAGAUGUAUAUAUCGAGUAAAUCUCUGAAGAGUUCCGCGGGAAUCCUUACUGACUAGACGUGUGCUGUAGAUUGUGAAGUGGACGUUUCCACGCGUUAGAGUAGAUUAGAAACCCAUUGCCUUGUCGAACGACUUUAGUCUGUUGUAAUAUAUUUUACAAACCGUUGAAUGGUCACCUGCCUUACAGGCUGUAGUCAGUGUACCCUCACCUCAACUAACACUGCCGAAGCACUGGUCUCUGCCGCAUUCGAUGUUUCUUCCUCCACAUUUUCUCUCUUUUUAGUUUCGAAAUUAUCUGAAAGACGCAUUGUAGAUUUCGACAUAUCUAUUUUUUCACAUAUCUUGCGUUUAGUCUGAAAAUCUGUGAUAUAAUAUAGGUUUAGAGAUAUUUGUCGUGUGAUGUGACAGUGCUGGUCAUAAAUUGUAAAGAAACACGAAUUUUGUAAAUUUUGUAGUGUACUUUAUUGUUACAAUCAAAGUGAAUAAAGGUACCAAUGUUUAUAGA